AUGCGAAACGGAGCGAAUCAAGAAGAGAGGAAGAGGAGGAAGAGACCGAAGAGAGUCACGUGCGUGAGAAGAGUAUCAUUCUCGAGAAACAUUACUGACCUCCAAGGAUAUCGUCUUCGGAGAGAUAGCGAGAGCACCGCCGAGAACACGUCGGAAAAGAUCAAGGAAGACUAUCACUACGGCCGCGGUAGUGCAUUGCCGGAAGAAUUCACGUCAAGACUAACGGAGGACAGCACGAGGCGGUCAUACGCGAACGCCGCUGUUCAUUGGGUGGAGAACAGCUGGUGGCCGAGCGACCGGGACGGAGGGAGUCACGCGAUAAGGGAGCGUGAUAACAACGGCGCGGUGGCGGGUGAACUGGUUUCUCGCAUCGCGGGCUGCCUGAAUAUGGCGGGUUACCUGAAAGCGGCGGGCGCAACCUGCGCCUCGACCGGAAACCCACAUCAAUACCACCCACACGGUCACCCGAUGGGAGUCGGCACCCAUCCGCAUCCUCACUCGCAUCCGCAUCCCGGUGCGCAUCCCGGUUUGCCAUCGCACUUCGCCCUCACUCCCCACGCUCAUACGCACCACGCGCUCGAGCAUGGACUGGCAGCCGCAUUCCCGCAAGGAAUGAAUCAACGCAAGCAACGUCGCGAGAGGACGACCUUCACCAGAGCUCAACUGGAUGUGCUGGAGGGGCUAUUCUCGAAAACGAGAUAUCCGGACAUCUUUAUGCGAGAGGAGGUUGCCCUCAAGAUCAACCUGCCAGAGUCGCGAGUCCAGGUUUGGUUCAAGAAUCGCCGAGCCAAGUGCAGACAGCAAUUGCAACAACAUCAGCAGCAGCAACAGCAGCAGCAGCAGCAGCAACAGCAGACCCCUCCGUCGAAGGGCUCGCCCAGAUCGAAUCAGAAUCACAGCAACAGCAGCACCGGCAGUAGGAUAUCGACGAGCUCGUCGACGACGCCGAGCAGGCGAUCCUCGCCAGAUUCACCGGCGCAAGGUAGGGAGGCACCGGUAGCAGGGAACUCACCUUUGUCGACCCCACUCCUGUCGACCCAGUCGACGUAUCCUCGAGUUGGAACGACACCAACUGGCGGCAGCGGGGCCAACAGCAAUCUGACGACCCCGUCGCCGCCGCUGACACCGAGCUCCAACCAACUGCAGCCGUCGUCCUAUCCGAGCGCGAUGAAUCAAAUUCAUCACAGCGAGACUUACAGCUUCGGCUGGAGCUCGGCGGGGUCCGCCUCUGUGAACCACAGCCAGUACGCCGGCCAAGGUUACAACGCUUACGCCCAGACCCCGGGCGUGUACGGUGGCGACUAUUAUCAAGCUCAGAUCCCCCACAUGCACCACAGCCCGCAGGCUAACUACCAUCAUCCGCAAUAUCAUCCUAAUAUGACGCUGACCCCGUCCAUGUCACAUCUGACUAGUCAUCACCUGAAUCCAGUGACUAGUCAGACGCAAGCCACUAGCAACGAUAUAGCGGCCGCCGCUGCCGUCGCUGCCGCCGCCGCCGCGUCCGGCGACGAAGCCACCGGUUACGUGCUGCCCGAACAGAAGUACCCGCCGUUACGGCCUCGCGAGGCUUCGGGGCCUCUCGGUAGGAUCACAACUUGCUUCGUCGAGCAUGCCUUCGUUUACGGUUCCGACGGCGGAGGAUAUACGAGGCACCUGUACAAAUGGCGAAAAACCGAUCGCGCACUCGAUCGAGAAAAAUCGCUCUCGAGAGCGAUUUUUUGCCAGCCUCCCACAUUCGACCCAAUUUCGAUCUUAACCGGCGGCCAGGAAGAUCAGACGCUCCGCCAGGAAGUCAAGGGGAACGUGAACGCAUUGUUGAGCUCCCUCUGUCCAAACAUUCGACUCGCCCUGCAAGCGAUCAGCGCAUCUAUCCUCUCUGUCCCCCCGUGUCCCUCUCUCGCCCUGUCGGUCUCUCCCGACUCGUUUUCACUCGCCCCCUCGAUCCUUCCGUUGUCUGCGGGAAAAGCAGGUAAUCCUAAAAAAUGGACUGUUGGCUUCCGCCGUCGCCGGGGCUGCACGCACGCGAAGAAAAAUUCCUUUACCUCCCCCCCUCCCCCCUCCGCCUCCCGUACAUCCGCAACAACGCGUUACGCGCGUCAUCAUCGGAUGCGCUGGGUCGGAAGGUUAAUCGUGUAA